AUGACAACUCUUACUGACACUUUUAUAGAGUUUAAAGCUACUCUUAAACCUCGUGCUUAUUCAGGGUUUAAAUAUGGUAAAUAUGCCUGGACAGUGAAGAGAGUGUGCAUAAAAUACACAUGGAUGUGUCCUGUAGCUCCGGGGCAGAGUUACAGUAUGGCAAUCAUAGCUGGCAGACGAAAGGGUGUCAUUACAUUUCAUUUCCCCAUAUUAGGGAAAGUAAUGGUGAUGUGCACCAUUAAAGAUAUUACCUUAGUAAUUAAGGCAACUUAUACCAAUCGUUAUAUAAAUCAGAACAAUCUUAUUACAACUGCUUUCGCAUAUAUAAGUGUAAAAAUAGAACUUGUUUAUAAAUACCUGAAAAACACGUUGUACGUCGUCAACGGAACCGAAUCUGUGGUGAACUAUACCCCUGUCACUGAGCUCGACUACGGCACCCUCCUCUGCUGGGCGUCCAAUGAGAUCGGCGUCCAGGAGCACCCGUGCCUCUUCCAGAUCAUGGCGGCAGGGAAGCCGGAUCCACCUCACAAUUGCCGUGCGUUCGACGUGACAAUCAGUUCCUUGCAAGUGUCAUGUCUUCCUGGGGACGAUGGCGGCCUGGGGCAAACUUUUAUACUUCAGGUACUGGAAGCCAGCGGAGACCAAGAACCCGUCGUCGAGGUGACCCGAGAGACGGCCUCGUUCUCCGUCGCCAACCUCAGGCCAGCCACCGCCUACCGCCUUCUCGUCACGGCGACCAACGCGAAGGGGGAGUCCCACCCGGCGGAGCUGCGGGCGUACACGGUGGCGCUGAAUCACCCGCAGCACGAAACGCCCGCAGAACCGACGCGCGGGCGUGAAACGGGCUCUGAAGUGGCCGUGGGCGUGUUGGUGGGCGCCGUGCUAACCUGCCUGCCCGUGGCCAUCGUGGUGGUGGCCAUGGGUGUGCGGACGUGCCUGAAGCUGCGAGCCGCGAGGUGGAGGCGUCGCCAUGGAGACGAGAGCGAGAAGGACGCGGGUGAGAGUGAAGGAGUCAGCACAGGACGUCCUCUUCUCACUGGAAAAGGUACCCCAGGGUCAGGAGGAGGCCUGUCGACGGAAAGCGGCUCCGACAUCACCACCAUCACAGGAGGCGUCGGGAUAUCUUCUUCUGCCACGCUGCCUGCCACGCCUUCGCCAGGGCAUUCGGAGACCCAGGUGUCGCAGGUCCACCCAACGGAGGCCGGCGGGAUGCUGUACACCGGAGCGCGAAUAUACGUCCCGGACCACACACACGAAGCCGGACCACAGAUCUGCUCCACGUCGAACGCCAAGCUGCGUCGCAGCGGCCGCGUACAGCACACCGGAAGAUAA